AUGGCUGGCGAUCUGGAGCAAGUGGUAUAUCCCGUGGGCGCCACAAACGGCAUCGAUCCCAUGUACAGCGAGCAUAUCAACAAUGUCCCGUACCCAAUGCCCGCCAAGCAGGAAAUAGACACUUCAGAUGCUCGUCGGCAGUUUCCCGACAACCGGAAGAAGAGCACGAAUGUGGACCCUGGCUGGGUGCGCAGCCCGCAGAUCCUCUUGGUUGAGGACGACGCCACUUGUCGGCAAAUUGGCGGCAAAUUCCUAUACUCUUUCUCGUGUGUUAUUGAUACUGCGUUUGACGGCUUGGAGGCUGUGAACAAAAUCCAGGGUGGCUCAAAAUACGAUUUGAUUCUGAUGGACAUCAUUAUGCCGAACUUGGACGGUGUAUCGGCAUGCCAUCUCAUUCGCCAAUUUGAUCGCACGCCUAUCAUCGCCAUGACCUCGAACAUCCGAAGCGACGACAUCCAGCUUUAUUUCCAACAUGGAAUGGAUGAUGUUCUUCCCAAACCAUUCACCCGCAAGAGUCUUCUCGAUAUGCUUGAGAGACAUUUGGAUCAUCUCAAGAUUUCGCCCCAGAACCCAGGAAUGGAGCCAGUACGACCUUCCGCAGCCGCUGUGACCAUGGCAGCUGCAACUCAAAGUUCAGCAAACCAGUCGAUCAAAGAAGACAGCUCUCCAGGCCAGUCGCCCGCUGGGUCAAUGACUAAUUGGCAAUCGCCCAGCCAAUUUCAAAAUAUGCAAGCUGUUCCACCGAAUAUGCCCGCAGUUCAAGGGCCAUAUGUUACAGCACCACCGGCCGCCUACACUGUUGACCAGAACGGCGUCCAGUACCCAGCACCACCAGUAGGAGUCCCAACCGGGGGUGCUCCCAUUCGUCCCCCGCAUCGCCGUCAAAUCUCCGAAAUGGGCGGUGCCGCCGAUAACCCCAACAUGCCGAAACGCCAGCGCAUGUACUCCCAACCUCAACCAAUGCUUGCUGUGCAAGCUGGCCGACCUGGCUAA